GUAGCAGUAGAUAGGUACUGCUACUGGCUGGUCUUCUACUCCGUACGAGUACACAACUCACUACCUAACGAGUACCAAAGUAGCUGCCAUCUCUCGCUGCCAGAUGCCAUACUCGUACUAGUUCUCAUACAAUCCCCACAUACGCGCCUAGUUCAUGCUCGGGCUAGGACUAGUUCAAGCUAGUUGGACAUGCCCUCGCCACUUGCCACCACCUGCACUAUCGGAUACAUGGGCAGUCCACGGGUCCCUAGGUAAACAGUCCCGGUACGAGUACCAGGAAACCUCAUCGAGUCGCGAUUUCCCUGAAAUUCGUCAUUAGUCGGUGCUACCUGCAUCGUCAACCUCAACCUCCAUCUCAAUCUCGAACCACGGGCACCUCCACGGCGCCUACCACCUGCACCCCACGAGAACCUCCAACUUUCCCAGUUGGGCAUCUCAACCUUUUCUUCUUUUCCUCCUCGUCUCCGACUCCUCCGACACGCCAUCACCAUUCAUUCCUACCUAUUGUUUUCAUCUUUCACUGUCUCUCUUCCUCUAGACAUUGCAAUCCAUUGCAAUUCACUACAACACAAUACACUACAGUGCAUUCUCGAGUACCAGUACUUCUGCUAGCUUUCACUGCGGUCUUUCCCACACACACGCCAAACCUCACAAGUACCAGAAAACCACGCUACCUCAACCCCAUCGAUUCCCCGACGACCCAUCAGCCUUUCUCCAAAAGACCACAGACAUUCAAGAACCUCGUCCGGUGCAAUACUCCAGUCGGCUUGCAGAUAUCUGCAAAUACCACUCACCACCAAAUCCUCCUGUUCGCGCAUACGUAGUGAUCAAAUACACCCACCAUCUCAACCUCUUCCGGUUGAUUGCUACCCCGCAUGUCCUCGGGCCCUCCUAUUCGGCUGUGAGAAACAUCUACUCUGCGUUUUUAGACGCAUCCACAUAUCCCAGGUUGAAUGGGCAUAGGCACCGCAUUUCUUUCCAGGGUACCAUACCCAAACUCACCAACUCAUAUUGGCAAGAGAAGGUCCAUACCGUGGCAAGACUAAAGAAACCCACAAACAGUCCACGAAGGGAUGUCUCCAAAUUUGACGGGGGCUGCGGGGCAGCCAGAAGUUCCACUCCAGGCCAACGCAGGCCGAGUUCAAGGCCCCGAUCCCAUACAAGCUAAUGAACUUGUCCCCAGGCGAUCCCCAUCACCACCCCUCAUUCCAAAUACUCCUCAGCCAACGCCUGACCUGACAACGGCGAAAAAAGGUACACGAGGGCAAGACAGAUUUUCAUCCUACAGUUCAUACAGCACUGGUUCCGAACGUCGAUUGGGAAGCUCCAUGUCUAGUCAGGACCGCGUCUUUCCCAUCAGCAGUGUUGUUCGUGUGGAUUCUUCGCAAACGCCAUCCAUUUUAAGCUCCCUAACUAAAACCCCAAUAAGUUCAAAUUAUCAGGAUCCAUUCGAAAAGCAGGAUUAUUUUCCCCCUGGUCAUCAAGGAGACCUCUCACCUGUUGAUAGCAGCCAUGCCCAUACCCCCCGCCCAGUUUCAAGACGGCGUCGAACUCCCAGUCCCUUGACCUCACUCGUUGAGAGGAAGCCGAAACCGGUCCAGUCAACAGACAACGUAUCUGUGACGAAGGAUGUUCCCAGAGGCCGAAGAAGAGCACUUCUCAACGCGGAGACUGAUUCCGAACGAUAUGGAGGGGGGAGUCGUAUGCAGCUUUUUAACGAUUAUGGAUCGGAAAAGUCUCCUGAGAGGUCGCCUGAGCAAUCAUUAUCAACGAGUUUGAAAGGCCGCUCAGAUCCUCAUACUUUAACGGGCGCUAAUACUUCCGAGGACUCGCAACUGGGUCUGCACGUCACUACUAGAUUUACACACCAAAUAACCGCAGAGGGCCAUGCAGUCAUCACUGGUCGAGAUGGGGUAGCGCUACAGCGUUGCGAGGACGAGCCCAUCCAUAUGCCAGGCGCUGUACAGGGAUUCGGCAUGUUGGUCUGCCUCGAGGAACAGUCCGCCGGGGAACUUCUAGUUCGAAUGGUCAGUGAAAAUUCGAAGAGGAUCAUUGGCUAUACCCCACAUGAGCUGUUCAGGUUGAAGAGCUUCACCGAAAUCCUGAGUGAGGAAGAAGCUCACAAUAUCUUCGACCAUCUGGAUUUCGUUCGUGACGAUGAUGACGACCCGGCAGAGAAUGGUCCAGAGGUCUUCACCAUUUGCAUCAAACCACCCAGACCAACCCGAAAAGCUACAAGGCUGUGGUGUGCCAUGCACAUCCACCCCGCAUAUCCGGAUCGUAUCAUCUGCGAGUUUGAGCUGGAUGACGAUACCACCCACCCGUUGGCUCCACCAGGCGAGACACCUGAUACGCCCGAAGACACACUCGACUCUCGUCCUACCCAAGAAGAAUACCAGGAGAGUACAAUCAAUAGCAGCAGGCCACUCAGAGUUUUGAAAACAGCGAGAAAACGAAGAGGCGAAGCAGCAGCUAUGCAAGUUUUCAAUGUCAUGUCCCAGGUUCAAAAGCAGUUGGCGGCUGCCAAAAGUUUGGACACUUUCUUGAAGAUAUUGGUGGGCGUGGUCAAAGAAUUAACCGGGUUUCAUCGAGUCAUGAUCUAUCAGUUUGAUUCUUCUUUCAAUGGACGUGUUGUUACCGAGCUCGUUGACCCGCGUGCAACGAAGGAUUUAUACAAGGGGCUCAACUUUCCGGCCUCGGAUAUCCCACACCAAGCGCGCGAAAUGUACAAGAUCAACAAGGUACGGUUAUUGUAUGAUCGAGAUCUGGAAUCGGCUAGACUUGUCUGUCGUUCUGUGGAGGACCUGGAACUCCCUUUGGACCUAUCGCAUAGCUACUUGAGGACCAUGUCACCGAUUCACAUCAAAUAUUUAUCCAACAUGGCUGUUAGAUCGAGUAUGAGUAUCUCAAUUAAUGCUUUCAGUGAGCUAUGGGGUCUGGUUGCAUGCCAUUCCUAUGGCGAUAAAGGCAUGCGAGUCUCAUUCCCCAUCAGGAAGAUGUGCCGACUCAUUGGCGACACAGCCUCGCGAAAUAUUGAGGGGCUGUCUUACGCUUCUCGUCUUCAAGCCCGAAAACUUAUUAACACGGUCCCGACCGAGGCCAAUCCUGCUGGAUAUAUCAUUGCUUCCUCAGAUGAUCUUCUCAAGCUUUUCGACGCGGACUUUGGACUGGUUUCCAUUAAAGGACAGACCAAGAUUAUGGGAAAGUUGGAGCAAUCUCAGGAAGCGCUUGCCAUGCUCCAGUACCUCCGAAUGCGAAAAAUCACCUCCGUUAUAACAUCGCAGGACAUCAAGUCGGACUUCCCAGACUUACAAUAUCCCCCUGGGUUCGAAGUAAUUGCUGGCCUGUUAUUGGUUCCAUUGAGCGUUGGGGGUUCUGACUUUAUUGUCUUCUUGCGGAAAGCACAAACCAAGGUUGUCAAAUGGGCUGGAAAUCCUUACGAGAAAGUUAUCAAAGAAGGAACUCAAGCGUACCUGGAACCAAGAUCAAGUUUCAAGACGUGGAAUGAAACGGUGCAAGGAAAAUGUCGAGAAUGGACUGAAAACCACGUGGAGACGGCAGCCGUCUUGUGUCUGGUGUAUGGUAAGUUCAUCGAGGUUUGGCGGCAAAAGGAGGCUGCAGAACACCAUAGCCAGCUAAAUCGUCUGCUACUCGCAAAUUCUGCGCACGAAGUCAGAACUCCAUUAAAUGCCAUUAUAAACUAUCUGGAAAUUGCUCUUGAGGGGGCCCUGGACCAGGAAACUAGAGAAAACCUCGCCAAAUCGCAUUCGGCAUCAAAAUCUUUGAUAUACGUCAUCAACGAUUUAUUAGAUCUGACCAAAACUGAACAAGGCCGAGACCUGAUCACUGAUGAAGUCUUUGAUCUGCCGGCUACUGUUCGCGCGGCUUUUAAUUCGUUCAGCGGGGACGCAAAAAGAAAAGGCUUGGAAUACACAUGCGUCACGCAUCCUGGCUUCCCAAAACUUGUUCUUGGAGACCAGCGGAGAAUCAGAACAGCAGUGGCCAGUAUUAUUGCAAACGCAAUCCAGCAUACGUCCAGUGGCUCGAUUCAUGUGGAGAUGUGGUUCCAAGGACUUGUAGAGUCAGCAGUGAGCGUAGAAAUCGCUUGCACCGACACUGGCGCGGGAAUGAGUAACGAAAAACUCGAUAGCCUUUUUAGAGAUCUUGAACAGGUCAGUUCCGAUGGUGAUAACUCGCUCAUCGGGUCAGAAGACUCGGACCAGCAGAAACCACGACGCGUUUUGGGUCUUGGACUUGCCAUGGUUGCAAGGCUCGUCCGUAAUAUGGGUGGCCAACUUCGUCUUAAAUCGGAGGAGGGAAACGGCUCUCGAUUUGUCAUGCAGCUAACCUUCCUCAUUCCGGACGAUGAUGCCGUAUCAAGCGAGGAACAACGUCUUUCCACGCCAUCUGUCAACGACACCGAAAUAUCCACACCUCCUACUGCUGUCACAACAGCUCCGCCCGAUAUGGUCGGUGAGGUGACACUUAUUGGGAAGACGGCCAAGGGUGAUGGGAUCCCUCGAAAGCGCAGCCUCGACGGCAUGACUAGUUCCACUAGCCUCAAGAGCUUUUCGAACAAUGGAAGUGAACAAAGUGACGUGGAUAGGCUGAUUGAGGCCAUAUCAAGCCCUCUUAAUGUUGGCGAACCAGAGUCGCCCGAAAGGAGGUCUAAGCGUUCGAAUAGUCGGGAGUUUGGGCAAGAUAACCAUAGCGUUCAUAGUCUUCCAUCUUCUCAGCCAGUAGGUGAUUCUCGACCUGCGAAGCCUUCACGCUCAAAAUCACAAGGAGCCAUGGAUCUCCGCUCCAUCGCGGAUGGAUUUGAAGGGUCCGCAUUCAUCACUGAUACAAAGACAAUGCUACGUGCAGUCAGGAUGCCUGAUGACUUGGAAGAAACGGAUAGGGAACCGGCAGUGGAAUCUAAAAGAGACUCACGAGUACUGUUUGAUCUCCCGGACGAUAAGCCCACCUCGGUUCGGGAAGGCAAUGCGAAAUUCAAUGCGGACCAUUUGCAAGUCCUUGUUGCGGAAGAUGAUCCGGUUAACAGUAAGAUCAUACAGAAGCGUUUGGAAAAGAGUGGUCAUCAUGUACACCAAACAGUCAACGGUGAAGAUUGUGCUACUGUUUAUGCAAACAAUCCUUCACUUUUCGAUGUGGUGCUCAUGGAUAUGCAAGUAAGUAUCCGUAUCAUGAUUCCUUGAUUGUUAUAACAUCAGUAAACCGGACUCCUUCAUAUGGCCAACUUGAGGAGCAGUUUCGGUUUACCAGAAAAACUCCCUGUUCUUUCGCGAGUAUAUCACUGACUUUGCAUUUAGAUGCCAAUUGUUGAUGGACUCUCUUGUACUAAAAUGAUUCGACUGUUUGAAAAAACACAUCCUGAAAAACAAUUGGCACCUCGGGCAUCAUUGAACGGACGAGUGCCCAUUUUUGCUGUAUCUGCUUCAUUACUGGAACGAGAACGUAAGACCUAUAUCAAUAGCGGAUUUGAUGGUUGGAUUCUGAAGCCCAUUGACUUUAAACGACUCAACAAAUUAUUGGAGGGCAUCGUGGAUGAGAAAAUUCAGAAUUCUUGUUUAUACCGACCAGGAACGUGGGAAAAUGGAGGUUGGUUCCAGAAAAGAAAUGCUUCUUCGACCGUUGCCUCCUCACCCACCAUCUCCUCGCCGACUGCCACUACGCCGACAAGUGACAUGGAGAAGACGAUUAGUGAGGGCAAUGACGCUGCCAAGUGAAGUUGAUGUCUGAUGCGAAUGAUUGAAUGAAUUUACGAGCUAAUGAGGGAUUGAAUGGUGGGAAUAAUGAGGACGAAAUCGGGGCCGCGAUAUGAUUCAUCGAGGAUGUUUGCCUCUUUUUUGUUGUUGCGG